UUUCUGUGUGCGUGUCAGGUGACUUGGGUCACGCAGUUUUUCUCCUCUGGGAGGGACGCCGGGGCCUGGGCUGACUCUCCUUUGAGAACCUCCGUGACUACACGGGAGGCGAAGGAGAAGGAAGAAGCGGGAGCAGUUAGGGUCAAAGUGCAGAGGAGGCAAAUUUGCCCAGGAGAGGUUCCCCGUGCUGCUUGCACUUCGGAGGAGCAGGAUGAACCAGGUGCCGAGGAAGCUGAAGGAGCAGGAAGAGGACGACGGCGAGGAAGAGGAGGACGACGACGAAGAAGAAGACGACGAGGAGGAGGAGGACGAUGAAGACGACGACGAGAUUGUUGGGCCAGCACAUUAUGGAGACGGGGCUGAAUCCUUCUCAGACGGCGACCCGGAGAGCGGCGGGGACGAGGCUUUUCUAGAUUUCAGUGAUCCCUUCAAUACUGAAGUCAAACCAAGAAUUCUGCUUAUGGGACUAAGGAGAAGUGGGAAAUCUUCCAUUCAGAAAGUUGUGUUUCAUAAAAUGUCACCAAAUGAAACCCUUUUUUUGGAGAGCACUAACAAGAUCUGCAGAGAGGAUGUUUCCAAUAGUUCCUUCGUAAACUUUCAAAUAUGGGACUUUCCUGGGCAAAUUGACUUUUUUGACCCUACCUUUGACUAUGAGAUGAUAUUCCGAGGCACUGGAGCACUGAUAUUUGUUAUUGAUUCUCAGGAUGACUACAUGGAAGCAUUGGCUAGACUGCAUCUGACUGUGACAAGAGCAUAUAAAGUCAAUCCAGACAUAAACUUUGAAAUAUUUAUUCACAAAGUAGAUGGUUUGUCUGAUGAUCACAAGAUUGAAACACAGAGAGACAUUCACCAAAGGGCAAAUGAUGAUCUUGCAGAUGCUGGACUGGAAAAGAUCCACUUGAGCUUUUAUUUAACAAGUAUAUAUGACCAUUCUAUAUUUGAAGCAUUUAGUAAAGUGGUACAAAAACUGAUCCCCCAACUUCCAACGCUGGAGAAUCUGCUUAACAUCUUUAUCUCGAAUUCUGGAAUUGAAAAAGCCUUUCUCUUUGAUGUAGUCAGUAAAAUUUAUAUUGCAACAGACAGUACCCCAGUGGACAUGCAGACUUAUGAACUCAGCUGUGAUAUGAUAGAUGUUGUGAUUGACAUUUCUUGCAUUUAUGGGCUCAAAGAGGAUGGUGCAGGAACCCCAUAUGACAAAGAAUCAACAGCAAUAAUAAAACUGAACAAUACAACUGUCCUGUAUUUAAAGGAAGUGACAAAGUUCCUUGCUCUUGUUUGUUUUGUCAGAGAAGAAAGCUUUGAGAGAAAAGGACUGAUAGACUAUAACUUCCACUGUUUCCGUAAGGCUAUACAUGAAGUAUUUGAAGUAAGAAUGAAAGUGGUGAAGGCACGGAAGAAUCAGAACCAGAUGCAGAAGGCCAAGAGAGCUGCCCCUAAUGGCACAGCUAGAAUGCCACUGUAGCUGAUUUCCUUGUGCUACUACUUACUUGUGAGGAUUUCUUGCUUCAGGCAAUGAUGCCAUCUGGUUCCGCUGCCAGAGGAAGAUCAGGACUGAUGUUCUGUUAACAUGGAUUUUUACACAGUAUCAUCCCCACAACACUGUAUCUAGUUGUCCCUGUUAACAAAAUCUGUGACAGAGCUAUGUAUGCUCUUUUCAUGUUUCCUGGUGGAAUUGGACUGUUGAUGAACUAAGUUGUGUUAUUUUAAAUGCCACUUUCAUAUGCUUGGUUGGGAAGAAUCUGUACAGUCAUUUCUGUACAUGCUGCAUACAAAUGAAUAAACAAUCAAAACCUAGUAAGAUGACUUUUUACAAACUUGAGGAUUAAUAUUCAUGCUAUACAUAUAUAUUUAUAUGUGUAUAUAUAUUUACAGUUUGUAAACCGAAGUUUUAUUUUGGAGUACAAUAGCAAUAAAAAUCUUUCUUGGAA